ACGCCCUGUCCAGACCAGAGUAGUAUUGACCCGUCCUGUACAGCGCUAGCACCACUAGCAUUUAUGCUGGACGCCACACACUUUGCACCAUUUCCACCCUGUUAGUUGUCUUUAGACAGUCUUAGCUGACAGGAAUUUUCACGGGGAGGAUGUAGUCAACUCUUUGAAUGAAGUGCGUGGACCAUGAUGGACAGUCCGAGGAACGUGAUUAUGAAGGACAAAGAGUCGGAGAUGGACGCUUCUGGCAUGUCGUCGUCGGCGACACAAGGAACCCGCGAGCCGAGCAGCGACGGUAACUCCGUGAAGCACCCCGGGCUGUCGUCGCUGUCACCCGGGAAGCUGAGACCAGGCAGCGGGGAGGACGACGGAGGAGAGUCCAAACUGUUCGCUAAAGGACUUGCAACGACGUCUCUACUUCAGAUCGCUAUAAGAAACGGUAUUUAUCAGAAUCAGGUGGCCAAUGCGUACGGUGGCAUGGCUAAAAGUGUAAACAUGCCCGCUGUCAAGUCGGGGGGGAAUACCUACAGCAGCCUCGCAUCGGGCAGCAGCAGUAGCAACGCAGCCUCCCCCCCGGUCAACCCUUUGCUGAACAGGAGACGGCGAAAGCACAAGCGUAACCUCUCCCUGGGCGCCCCGCCGACCGCCGGUCAGCCCGCGGCGGCUUCGGCGGAGACGGCGGCCACACCGACUCCUUCUAGCUCUCCGCUGAACACUCUCAGCCUUGACAGAAAGACCUUCCUACGGCAGAAGCAGUCCAAGCAGCUCCAGGUGUCAGACAAGGCAUGGGUGAAAGCUGACCCACAGCGGGGUUGCGUCCACGUCCACGACUGGCUAACCCCCUCCUACCCGAGACCAGUGCUCUGCACGACAGACACCACGGCUAGAGAGAUCUAUACCCAACUGGAGGAAGGCAAAGCCGGGACGAUAGUGCGGAUGAAACGCAAAACAGGCGCACAGGUGGACUUGAACGGAAACUGCAACGACAGCAACCACGGACAGAGCGACGACAAGCAGAGUUCAUGUGAAAGCUUAGACGUCAAAAAAACGCAGUAUGUUUCAAUCCCCAAGUCGGAGAUUGAGCCCGAGUCCACCCUGGAAGUCACAGACCCGGCCCAGUGCUACCCAGACACCAAGUUCUCUUGCUGCCUGUUCUCUGACAGCAUGCCCAGCGACCCCUCCUCCGAGGUGUACCUCAGCGACAGCCUCAGCCUGGGCAUCGACGCGGAGCCCAUCGCCAUUGACGACCGCUACGGGCUGUACUCUGGUUCCGACGUGGAGACCAGCAGCACCUGCGAGGACUUCAGCUCCUGUGGGCCCCACGGAAGCGAGCCUUGCGACUCCCUGGGUGAGGCCCCUGGGGGUGUGGGCAGCGACGCCCUGGGACCCGGCCCUUAUGCCGACAGCCCCACGGAGGGUCCCGACCCGUUCGAGAGCUCUUCGGACGACGUAGAGACCACCUCGGCCUCGUCCCCCACGCGCCUGGGCAGCUGCGUGGGGGGGGGCCGGGGCACCACCUCGAACCCAGCGGGUGCUGAAGACGGGCCGUCAGCGAGAACACUGGAGGACUACGCCGAUGUUUCUUCUACCAUCGGUGGAGGAGCGGAGAGCAGGCCCGACACCCCGGACUUCGGCACACUCUCCUCCAAAUGCAGCUCCAGCUCCCAGGCCCGGCCGCUAGGCAGCAGCGCCACUCCCCAGCCGGACCUGGAGCUUCUGGUGCAGGGCGCCGUGUGGCCCGAGUCCGUCGGACAGCCCCCUGCCCCGGGCAUGUACAUGCAGGUGCACGGGGGUUCAGUCUGGAGGCUGGAGGACGAGGAGAGGCCCCUGAAGAUACUCAAUGAGUACCUCACCAACCUGGGCUUCGAGGACCCGGCGCGCGUCCAGGAGGAGGGCAUGAACCAUGAGAUUGGCUGCCUAAUACGCUUUUACUUUGGUAAGCCACGGAGCGUGGGCGGUUGGGAGCGCGUGCAGCUCUCAGGGGUCUUCAACGUGAGGAAGGGGAAGCUGGCGCUGCCGGUGAACCGUUGGUCCAAGCGGCAGGUCAUCCUGAGUGGCACCUGCCUCAUCGUCUCCUCCGUCAAGCAUGCACACACUGGCAAGAUGCACAUCCUGCCUCUGAUUGGUGGAAAGGUGGAGGAGGUGCGGAGACACAGCCACUGCCUGGCGUUCAGCUCCGCCGGUCCCCAGAACCAGACCUACUACGUCAGUUACGACUCGUACACAGAACACCUCCGCUGGCACCGCAGCGCAGCCAAGAUUGCAUCCCAGAGGGUGAGUUCAGUGGACCUGUCGUGCUGCAGCCUAGAGGAACUGCCCCCCGCUCUCUUCUACAGCCAGGACCUCACCCACCUCAACCUCAAGCACAACUUCAUGUCCCCUCACAGGGGCCUGGGGGCCCUCACCAGGUUCUGUAAGCUGCGUAGCUUGACUCUGUCUAACAACAGGCUGUGUGAGUUCCCCGUGGCGCUGUGCGACAUGUCCUCGCUGACGGAGAUCAACCUAUCGGGGAACUUCCUGACUUCCCUGCCGCCGGCCGCCGGGACCAUGCACAACCUGCAGACUCUGCUCUUGGACGGGAACUGCCUGAGCUCCCUGCCUGUGGAGCUGGGCUCCCUGGAGGGUCUGGUCUACCUGGGCCUCUCCUUCAACCGCUUCCACUGCAUCCCCCCGGUGCUGGAGAAGUUCAAGGGGCUGGAGCGGCUGUGCCUGGCCGGGAACAAGCUCUCCCUGCUGGACUUGUCUGCUCUGCAGUGGCUGCCCGCGCGACACGUCGACCUCAGGUUGAACCGGCUGCAGAGCGUGGUGGUGGGGGAGGCGGGGGCGCUGGCCCACGUCACCCAGCUGGACGUGAGGGACGCCGGGCUGGAGGAGCUCGACCUCCGGCCCCUCUCCAGCCUGGAGCUCCUGCGCUGCGACCGCAACAGCCUGGCCCGGCUCAGGGUCAGCGGCCACGCCCUCAAGGCCCUGCACGCAGCCAACAAUGAGCUGAAGCAGCUGGAGGUGGAGCCCGUGCCAGAGAGCCUGACCGCUCUGGAUCUCUCCCGGAACAAGCUGGACAGUAUUCCUGGAUGGGUGAUUGGUUGCAGCAGACUGGAGGUGUUGGAUAUCAAUCACAACUAUGUCACCGAGCUGCCCUUACAGUUCCUGUGCAGCAGCAGCCUGAGGAAGCUCCUGAUUGGCUGGAACCGCCUGAGCUCGCUCGCCGAUAGGCUGGAGCGAUGCCAGCUGGAGGUGCUGGACGUGCAACACAACCAGCUCACAGGGCUCCCCCACAACCUGUUCAUCAAAGCACUGAGCCUGCGGUACCUGAACGCAUCAGCCAAUAAGCUGGAGAGCGUCCCCCCGGCGACCCAAUCAGAGGAGAGCCUAAGCACACUCCAGGAGCUCUACCUGACCAAUAACAGCCUGACAGACAAGUGUGUGCCUUUGUUAGCGGGACACACCCACCUCAGGGUGCUCCAUCUCGCUUUCAACCUGCUGCAAACCUUCGCUGCCAGUAAGCUGGCAGGCCUGGAGCAGCUGGAGGAGCUGGAGCUGAGUGGGAACCGCCUGCGCGCCGUCCCCACCACCAUCCUGAGCUGCAGGCGUCUCCACACGCUGGCCGCUCACUCCAACUGCAUCACCGUCUUCCCCGAGGUCCUCCAGCUCCCCGAGAUCAAGUGUGUGGAUGUGAGCUGUAAUGAGAUAACGGAGGUCUCCCUACCGGAGAGUCUGCCUGCUAAGCUGCAGGAGCUGGACCUGACGGGGAACCCCAGGCUCACCCUGGACCACAAGAGCCUGGAGCUGCUCAAUAAUAUCAGGUGCUUCAGGGUGGACCCCAGCCCGUCUGCCCCAGGGGCCAGCGAGGGGCCCGGGGUCCCUGCUGUCUGGAGCCACGGCUACACAGAGGCCUCGGGAGUCAAGAACAAGCUGUGUGUAGCGGCCCUCGCGCUGGACAGUUUCUGCGGGAGCCGCGAGGCGCUGUACGGUGUGUUCGACGGCGAGAGGAACGUUGAAGUGCCUUACCUGCUGCAGUGCACCAUGGGAGAUGUGCUGGCCGAGGAACUCCACAAGAGCCAAAGACGAGAGAACUACAUGACCAACACCUUUCUCACCAUGCAGAGGAAACUGGGAACAGCGGGCCAGCGUCUUGGCGGCUCUGCGGCGCUGUGUCACAUCCGCCACGAGGCCCCGCCCCUCUCGGAGCGCGGCUCCGGGGGCUGCCUCACCCUGACGGCGGCCAACGUGGGGAAGUGCUGCGCCGUGCUGUGUCGCGCCGGGCGUGCCCUCCCGCUGUCCGUCACGCACAGCGUCCGCGAGGAGGAGGAGCUACGCCGCGUGCGCACGCACAACGCCAUCGUCACCGAGGACAACAAGGUGAACGGCGUGACCGACUCCACCCGCAUCAUGGGCUACUCCUUCCUGUGCCCCGCCGUGACGCCGCGGCCCCACGUCUCCACGGUGACGCUCACGCCGCACGACGAGUUCUUCCUGCUGGGCAGCCGCGGCCUGUGGGACACGCUGUCGCCCAGCGAGGCCGUGGAGGCGGUGCGCAGCGUGCCCGACUCCCUCGCCGCCGCCAAGAAGCUGGUGACGCUGGCGCAGAGCUACGGCUGCCCGCUGAGCGCCAGCGCCGUGGUGGUCCAGCUCAGCAUCACCGACGACUGCUGCGGCUUCUGCGAGCCCCCACCGCCCCCGCCGGGCAGCCCCGGUCUGGGCACGCACGGCGCGCUCCACCACCACCACCACCACCACCCCCAGCAGCAGCACCACCCCCACCACCACCACCCGUACCCGCCCGGCGAGGGGUCCCUGGCCCUCCUGCCGCCGGCCCCGGCGCCCUCGUCCGGCACGGUGAGCGAGCUGAGCAGCGAGUUCAGCACCUCGGAGAUGAGCAGCGAGGUGGGCUCCACCGCCUCCUCGGAGGACCCUCCCCCGGGCACGCCCCACACCCCGCUGGCGGGGGGAGGUGGAGGAGGAGGAGGCGGCGUGUCUUCGGGGCGGAGCCGUGGGGUGCGUGGCGGCGGCGGCGGCGCAGACUUCCAGAGGCAGUACUCCGGGGCGCUGUCGGACAACGGGUUGGACAGCGAGGACGAGGAGCCCAUCGCCGGCGUGUUCUCCAACGGCAGCCGCGUGGAGGUGGAGGCGGACGUGCACCGCCUGCACAGCUGGGAGCACGCCGCCGCCGCGCGGUCCGCCGCGCUCACACCCGCCGCCGCGCACCCCCAGAGCCCCGCCCCGGGGCUGUCCUCCGCCCCGGGGCUGUCCUCCGCCCCGGGGCUGUCCUCCGCCCCGGGGCUGUCCUCCGCCCCGGCUUCCCCGUCACCCUCUCCCUCUCUGGCGCCGCCGCCGCUGCCGCCUCAACCCGAGUCGACCCCUGUCCCCACUCCCCCUCCUCCCCCUCCCCCCUUCUGCCCCGGGGCCGAGGGGGCAUUGUCGGGCACACUGGGUCGCAGGCCACGCCCCAACGGCUCGGUGGCGUGCCAGGGGCGGAGCCAAGAUCUGAUAGAGGUGGCGGCGGACGCUCCCGCCAAGAAGGGCGGGUAUUUCAACGCCCCGGCCCAACCGGACCCCGAUGACCAGCUCAUCAUCCCCCCAGAGCUGGAGGAGGAGGUCCGGCAGAUUAUCCAGCAACAACAACAACAACAGCAGCAGCAGCAGCAGCAGCAGCAACAGCAGCAGCAACAACAGCAACAACAGCAGCAGCAGCAGCAACAGCAGCAGCAGCAACAACAACAACUUCAGCUGCAGCAGCAGAAUCACCCACAACAAGCACACAGCUUCCAGAAGCCCGCUGACUACUUUGUCACGCCACUCUGACUGGCCAGACCCUCUUCCCCAGGAAGCCUCUACUGUUGGAUCGGACGGAACACACCCCCUCUCCAGAAGCCCCUGCCAUCCCAAAAACUGGCCCCACCCUUUAACUGAAGCCUAUCCUCCUCCAUCGGACUGACUAUGCCCACUACCCCAGGAGUCCCAUCCCCUCCCUCUUCACAGGACACACCCCUUUCCCUAGAAGCCCCUCCCCCCUUGCCAGCAGAGUGCUGUGGCCACGCCUCCCAUGUGCCUCCCGUUAGGGGUUAAGCUAGUGCUAACUCUCCAGCGUCAGGAAACACCAUGCAAUUUUAUAUCCCCUUUUCCUGCAUUAAUACUCACUUAUUAUAAGGUUAACUUAAUGUCAUUAUUAUUUUGUUUUUUUUUAUCAUAUCGGAUGAAUGAAGCACUAGUUUGAAAGCUUUUUACCAGUUUCUUCUAUUUGAGGCUAAAGGGUUAAAUGGUACGGUUGGACGUGGACCACACUGUUGUUCCCAAGCGCUGGGCGGACAUUUUGUUAAGUUGCGGAGGACAGCCUUUUGAGGUGGUCAAGAGUUAGUAAAAAGAGAUCAAAAGAUACUUAGACUAACUCCUAGGAGUUGAUAUACUCACGAGUGACCUAGUCACUGAAGUGUUAACUAAUAUUCUCUGAGAGAAAAGCUGAUUAUUUUAGGUGAAGUAUCAAAGGCGGUUUGGGGAGAUGUUACUAAGCAUUAACUGCUGAAUGAAUGUUUUAGUUUUGUUUUUGGAGCAGUGUUACGCAGACUUUGUGAAACAUGGAGACAGAAAAAAACCCGCACAAGAAGAGAGCUACUUUUGCUAGAUAAUAAAUCUAUGUUUUCAAAUAAACUAUACGUUUUUUUUUUUA